AUGGAGGCUAACCUCUUUGAGUUUCUCCAGGAAUUGUGCCGACGAAGAGACCACGACAUCGGACUCAGCGGUCAGGAACUUGAGACGCCGGAACAGCCCCUUAGCCACUCCUGCACAACGGCACGAGUGAGUCCCGUAACACGAGCGGUGAGUGCCUCUAUACUAUUAUAUAUAUGUAAUAGUUAUAGAGCGACAUUCACUGACUGCGUUAUUGUACAUAAUCGUCCCGUUGGGUCUUGGAACUCAAUCUAAAGCCCUGCCAGCAGCCACAUAGUGGCUGGUAAUGAAACCAAAUAAGAUUCACGGCAAAGACAAGGGAGACGAAUGCCCGUUUCUGGCGUAUUAGCUUUCAUCUGCCAACCAUGUCCAACCCCAGGAUUCUUGAAAUCCCUGAGGCUCGGAAUCGCCUUCUGUUGGUUAGAAGUCCAACGCCCUAACCAAAGAGACACAGGCUCCUUGUCCUGUCAUUUGUGACCGGAUAUUUUAACAGUAGUGGAAUGGUGCUCAUCGAUCGCCAUGCUCGUCCUGUUUUGCCUUGAGGCUCUACUUAGAGCCCUGCCAGCAGCCGUAUAGCGGUUAGUAAUAUUAAUUAAUAUUAUUAGUAUACCCGAUCGCAACCGACAGGACCAGAGUCCCCAUGGCUCUGCCAUCUAAAUGCCUUAAAUUGAUAUAUUUUCACCCUACAAGCACCUCUGUCAUUGACGCUCCUAGAAGGAUUUUAAGUGCCCCACAGUUCGCCUUCUUCCGCGUUAUUCGGGCGUAUAAAACGGAAGAUCACUCUGGGUUGGUAACUACCCCGUCUUUUUCUUCAUAAGUCGUCAAAACAUACUAAAUCUGACCGCCCCCUUAAUCCAAAACACAAGGAAAGCCCCAUUAGAGUGCUGUUCAGCGAUCUGUCCUAGUUAGAGAGCAUAAAUAAACAUUCGUAUUUGGCGUCGGAGUACUGUGUCUAGAGGCCGUCCAGGGCUGUCGCAUAGCGACGAGCCAUUAAUCAUUGGGAAUGGCCCCUUCCAGUUUAUUAUCUGUCAUCAGUCAGUAAGACACCACUCGCAGGUGCUGGUCCAUUCGAGGUUUGCGCUUGAGUACAGUGGUUCAAUGAACACUGUAAGUUCAAGGUCCAAUCCCUUUGAGCUGCCAGUCUAGGCCUCAGGCGGUUAGGAUCGGUAAGACUCAAAGAACAGCUUGCAUUGCUCAAUUUGUUUAUUCUAAGUAAUCCUUGAUGACCAAGAAGGGUUAAUGGCAGAAAUGGGGGAACGACCGGGAUGGCUACUUUUAGUUUGUUUGUCUUAAUCACCCCGACGCGUAUCUGCCAUUUAAAUCAGCGGUUGUCCGUCAUUGGACAGUUUCAAGUCGAGCACUACAAUAGUUGAGCUACGAGAAAAGUUUGGAAUUUUAAUUUUUGUCAUAAAAUCAGGAGAGACCAAUGAAAUUUAGGGUUUUAUAGAAGACAGUAGUGUUGCAGAAGGUAUUUGGGGAAACUUGUGGUGCUCCAGAUCAUAUGACAGAUAUGGCAAAUAUAUACGCUUUAUUUUGGAAGUAUUAUUCCAAAAUGUUCAGCAAAAAGGCCUCCAUUCACAGUGAGUACAAAUGAGAACGAAAAACAGAUAAAACAAAACGAAUCGCAUUACAGACGAAGACAGGGAAGACUGGAAUGGCCAUUUCUCGCCGUUUUCAGUUAGUCAUACCCAAUCCCGAAGUGUGGGACACCUGGGGCUUGAUCCCGUGACUUGUUGGUUAGAAGUCCAACGCCCCUGACCACUGAGCCAUGGGCUCGUCGUCCUGUUGGUUGCGAUAGGGUAUAUGCAAUGGUGGAGGGGGCUCUCACCGAUCGCGCUACGGAACUCACUUUUCCCGUUGUGCCUUGGGACUCUCUCUCUCUCUUGAGUCCCGCCAGCAGCCGCACAGCGGUUGCAGAAGAUUGCAAUCGAUAUGUGAUGUUCGAAAAUUGCAACUGUUGAUAUCAUGAAGAGUCACCAGUGAAUGAGGUGUAAACGUCGCGUCAAAUUUUUUUUCCUUAAAACACUGCUAGCAUAGUAUGCAGAUGACUCCAUUACUGUAAUUCAACUGAACAAGGAGGAAAAUAAAUUAGCAUAAAAUCCGCAUAAAAUAAGCCAACAGAUGCACGUAUGGGAAAUUUCUCACUCAAAUGGAGAGCAGUUCAGUUCUCGGCUCCCCUUAGACUUUGCCUCCUUACUAUCCCGUUUUUUGUACAGUUCUCAUAACGUAAAUAAUAGGCCAGCAAAAAAACAGACAGUUCUUAUUUUCUCAAAUUAACGAAACCCAUAUUUGGGGCUGUUCUAACUGGUUGCUAUGUCGCGGCUUUAAAAUGUUCGACUUUUCCAUGAGAGAAAGAGAAAUAAAUUGACCGUUUUCUAUAACAAGGCUGCGAUUCAUUUUGGAAAUCCCUACUUAAGGUCAAGCAAUCAACUAUUAGCCAUGCUGGAAUUACACCUAUGACCGGAGGAGAUACAACCCGCGACUUAGGAAGGGACGGGUUUGCCAAAAUGCAUUUAUCAUAUUUCAUUUUCUUAAACGGUCUCGUUACUCCUGUCCAUUCUCCCUACUGAACUAGUAGGCUGACUUAUGCACAAUUCGGACCUUCUCGAAAAGUAUUAUGCUCCAAAGAUUUAAUACGAACUGGAGUGUUGUACUAUGUUCUCAUUUUGCUCAAAGACGUUUUUUCCAGUUUUUUUAUUCUGCUGCACGCAAUGGCACGGUUUUUGAGUUAUUCACGCUUUUAACGAAUUUCCAGCUACCUGACGAGGUUUGUCACAGAAAAUACAUCCAGCAUAAUAGUGGGAAAUCGUUGUAGUUUAGUAGCGAAAUCUCUUGGGUACUCAUCAGUCGGAAUAGUGUCAUUUGCUGUUUCAAAAACCAUUAGGACUCAGGGAAAAUGAAUAAAUAUUCACACGUGGACAUGCAAUUAGAGGCAUGAACGCUUGGAGGGGAGGAUUUAAGAAUGAUAUUUCGACCGAGCCUCCGGCCGCACACCAGUUCUCUUCAGUGGACCAAAAGCUACCUAAAAGCCAAAUCCAUAUUUCAUCUUUAAGACAUUUCAGUUCGAAUCUCUUUUUGACUCAAAGACCGCGGCGUAUGCAGCGAUUAACAUCUCCCAUCGGAGUUCGUCGAAGUGGCAAGCAGUGGCUGUAAUAUAGUUGAUGGCUGCCAUGUCUUCCUACUCAACAGUCGCCCUUCUGUCAGUUUCGUGGUAUUUUGAUGUGUCAGCCAAUCAGCAUGUACCGGUGUUCACGGUGAUAUCUGGCACGUUGAAGUCUCAUGCCAUUUAGACUGUGGGUGACUACAGGUGCCAAGCCACACUAUCAGCGAGAUAAGCGAUUUCAUUCCUGCUUCCUGUUCAGUGUUAUUCGUAGCCUGCAUGGAAUUGCGAGUGGUUGCUGUUUUAAUGCAAUAAAAGUGACUAUGCUGACUUACUCAUUGGCACAUAAUUCCGAUGAUAUGACUUACCCUGCUGUCGAGUUUAUGGUCAGAUUAGUAUUUGCAUUGAUUGAAUAACCGCCGCUUAUUAAGUGGUCGUUUGACGGGCACAGAAAGGAACUUCAAAACCCCCCACAGGGUGCGGUGGCGAAUUGGACAUGCAUAUACAUACGUACUUAUGUUAAAACGGAUUUGCGCAUCGUCUGCCCAAUUUAAUUCCCACCACAUUCACCAUGUUUCUAUGACAAGGUAAAGUCAGGACGGCGUAGGAGGGCGUGGAUGCGAUGACUGUCAAAGUUAAACGAUCCGAUGUAAAUGGAAAAGUUUUCACGAACUAACGAGUUGUAUCUCACGAGCCCCGUAGAUUUAAAAGCAGCAAGUAAAACUGAGCAGUGAAUAAUAUAGAGAUUUUGAACGCUAAGCAACCUGACAACAGAGCGCGACAGCAAAGCAGGCCAACAAGGCGGGUUGUACAGGUGUGUCGUUUUUCGUCACAUUCAAACAAGCAAUCCGGUCAAAGAAAACGGGGCUAAAUUGUCAAAGGUAAAUUAGUCCGGUACCUCACCACAGAUCCAUCUACGCGUGCCACAUAUUGACCUGUCUUGAAACCUCGUUCGAACCGGGUCCCAGGGAGAGCGAGGAUCGCAAAUCCUGGACAUUUGGGGGCGUCCUAGGGAUCGAAUCGAAAAGAAACCAUUACAACCUGACUCUCGUUCCAACGACGAACUGACUUAUUUCGUUAACUAGUAGAUUUUCAAAUCACAAACGGUAGCACUUCAUAUAUAUAUAUAUAUAUAUAUAUAUCACGCGCCUUUGCUUAUUUAUAAAGAAGAAAUUAAACGCUCGCUCUGACAUGACCCGUCCACACACACUUUCUCCCCUCUCUCCCAUGUGUCACCAGCAUGUUCAAUUAAAGUCGACUGGGAUUGCGGUUGGACACUGUGGCUGCCGUAGAGUGAGACCCUGUUUACAGCGUAUGACGCACGUACAUAAAUAUUUAAGGACCCUCUUAUACUCAAUACCGCCCGAUCGACGAACGGACGGAUCAGUAUGAUCCUCUUCGAUCUAGUGUAAUUUCGGUGCGGUCUUUUGAGGAUUCAGAUCACCCACUAAAUGAAUCAUCUCAGAUGAGUAAGACGUUCUGUAGGCAACGGCCCAGUUCGAGGACAUGCUUUAUUUACUAUCGUCGCGUAGACUAAAUAGCACUGGAUAGCCCAUCUGCCGUAAUCUGUGAACAGCACCGCUUUCUCGGGAAGCAGUUAUAACCGACGCGUGGGCUUGAGUAGCAUCCACUUUGUUCCGCCUUCCCAUUUGCUGUGUUACCCAGGUAAGACACCUCGAGAUCACAGGGAAGAGAUAGGAGGGUGGCAUAAGGCUUCCGUCGACGAGCAACUCAACAGUGCCCUCAAUUCCCCAUGACCCGCAUUACCAAAAGUCAGAUUUCUCAGCGGUGGCAGUUACAUAUUUAUGUGGAAUUACUGAGGUUUUUGCCCUCACUCCAGGGAGCAAGUCUGCCGCUUCGGCUGUUAACCAGCCAAACCACAAUUAUGGCACGUUAGACUUCAGUGGGUGGGCUAACUCGUGAAAUAUCAACUGAAAUUCUGAAAUGCGUUUUGGUUUCAAAAAGAUUAAUUAAAUAGGGUUGUAAAACUAAUCAGCCUGAAACCUCAUGUUGUAAUAUCUCAGUUACCACAGGAUGCCGGCUUUAACUUCCUUCAGGCUGCAUGCAUAAACCGCACUCUCUAAAAAAAGGACUACUUCUGUAGCAUGCAUUUUUCUCAUUGAUUUUCAAUGUUCCUAAAUGUCCAAUCAUAUUUCAUGGAAAACAUGCAUAAAAAUAUUCAUUCUAUUGCUCAUUCGGUUGAUAAUUACGUCUUAUUUAAAUCUUAUACGCGAAGGAAGGGACACAAUUCGGUUUAAAAAAAAACUUUUCCGAUUCCCGAAUAAUUUUUAACCCGCUCUACCAUUAUACUUGGAUUCCGGGUAUCCAAAUUACAAGCAGUAUAUUUUCGGCGUACGGAAAACCACACAUUUCUCUACGGUAUUAAAGGGGCACCAUAUAGGCUUCAUGAAAUUUAGCAGUGAAUUUGAUCCAUAUUGUUAACUUUACAGGCCACAUUGGUAAAUACAGAGACAUGACGAUUUAUGAAGGACCAUUCCACGGUAUUUAAAAGUCCCACAAUUAGAAACUUUUUUAAACCGAAUUAUGUCCCUCCUUCGAGUAAAAAAAUUUGAAGAAGACGUAAUUAUCUACCAAAUGAGUAAAAGAAUGAAUAUUUUUAUGCAAGUUUUCCAUGAAAUAUUAUUGGACUUUUAGAGGCAUCGAAAGUCGACGAGAAAAUUGCAUGCUACUUAAGUAGUCGUUUUUUACAGAGUGUAGUUUUUUGCAUGCAGCCGGAGGGAAGUUCAUUCAGUAGCCGGCAUCCUGCGGUAACUGAAAUAUUAUAGAAUAAUGUUGCUGGCCGACUACUUUUAUAACCCUGCUUAAUUAAUCUUUCCGAAACAAAAACUCAUUUCGGAAUUUCGGUUGACAUUUCAUGGGUAAGCCCACCUACUCUAUUAUUGUGAGAAAAUCAAGCCAAGCCUCGACCUUACUUUCACUUUUUUCCUCUCUACGGCCAUGACAAGUUCGAGUUAGACCGGGCGGUGGGCGCUGCGGGUAGCUCGAAACCAAUCCGUCGCACAGUCGUUUACCCUGUUUUGGGAACUAUUGCAUGACUGUCGGAUUAAGCACUCGGCGUUUUUCUCAUACACACUAGCAAACCAUCUGUAAUUACUUAAAAUUAUAAUCUGUUGUGGCAAGAUUUUAAUUAUUGCCUUCCAUUUAUCAUUAAAGGGUCAACUAGGCUUCCUUUGUCAUAAUAAGUUACAAUUUGUGCUUUGUUUAAAAAGAGUGCAAUUUAAAAACCGGCUGUCAUCUCUGAUAAAACAUUGCCUGGGGUCAACGCCCAAAGGGGGUAGGCCGAUUUAAGUCCGGCUCCACAGCGCCGUCACUUUUGGACAAAAAAAACUAACUCUGUACCCGCACACUCUACUGUAUGACUAGUGUGGCAUCAGUAGCCUAGUGAACUGAACUGUCCUACCACUGAAGCUCUUGCUGAAAUCAGAUCUUUGAGUCAUUGCGUUAACAAUGAACUUUUCUGAGAACAGCUCGUCUACAUCCGAAAGACAACGGCCACCCCUUCCAGCGCCCAUAGUGGCGCUCCAGAAUCGACAAGACACUGUCAAGGCCUAACGCUAAGUCAACCUAACUCAAAAGUUUUCACUGAUAUUAACUGAAAUCCAGAGUAAUUAUGUCCCCUUAUGACCGGAAGCAAAAAACCAGUCCGCUGUUUUGCCGGCGGAGAAUGUCGUUCAUACCCAAAAUUGGGCGAUGAAAACUAAUGCUGUAUAGACCAUCGUCCCGAAAAUGUGGAUGCCUAAAUCUGAAUUCUAACGAUGUACCUGAUUUCCAUCAAAAAUUUAUUUGCUCAACUUGUAGUAGUAGUAGUAGUAGUGUUUACAGAAUACCCUGCAAGUGUCUGCUCAGUAUGCGAGAAAUAGCAUUGGUUGUGAGAUUCCGUUUCCGUACAGUCAACAUUCUAGCCACCUGAGCUACGAGGUCCUACCGUAAGGCGCGAGUUUAAUCACUUUUGGAUCGAGUUUACCCGCUAAACAAAAUGCAACGCCUGGAAUCCACCAAAUCUGAUACGGUAGGCUGGCUGCUCAAGCAGGAUUUCCUAAGUAAUCCACCUAGAAUCCACUGGAUGAAGGGCAGGUGUUAUGUCAGAUUUCAAAUAAUUCACUUUGACACAAUUUGAAAGUGUACCUGUCUUCAGAAUGGAGACGGUGUGUGGAUUGCUUCGGGUACACCACCGGGGUUAAUUACCCUAUAAACUACCAGAACACGUUUUUCGUAAUUUGGGAAGGAAUCCGCCAUUAUUUAGUUCCUUUUCUUCUAACUGUCGUCGAUUCAUUCAUCGGCCGCUCGAGCCUGUCUGCCUGCCUGACGAAAUUCCUUUUAUGGCUCCGCGAGUUUUCUUAUUUCGAUAGUCCAAACAAACUAAAAAUGCGUUUCUUGUUGACACACCUACUGCAGAGUAAGUUGUUUCUUCUUCUCCAAAUAUGAAUUUGUCAUUGCAACUCUUGCAGCCAGUUCGUUCAAGCCAACACGAACGGUUAGUCUUGAAAGUUAGAAGAAGAAGAAGAAGAAGAAGCAGAAGAAGAAGAAGAAGCAGAAGAAGAAGAAAAAGAAAAAGAAGAAGAAGAAAAAGAAAAAGAUGAUGAUGAUGAUAAUGAUGAUGAUGAUGAUGAUGAUGAUGAUGAUGAUGAUGAUGAUGAUGAUGAUGAUGAUGAUGAUGAUGAUGAUGAUGAUGAUGAUGAUGAUGAUGAUGAUGAUGAUGAUGAUGAUGAUGAUGAUGAUGAUGAUGAUGAUGAUGAUGAUGAUGAUGCAUGA